AUGGCGGAACAAACAACACCAGCACAGACGGGCACAUCAGUUCCAUCAUCCAUAGUGACUACCAAGCGUCUAAUAAUCCGUCCAAUGUGCCUCGAAGAUGCCCCUUCGACUUCCCUGCACGCCAACGACCCCCUCAUCGCCAAGUAUAUGCGAGGAACGUUUCCCAGUCCAUAUACACAGUCCAGCGCCGAGACAUGGAUCAACACAAACCUCGCACUCCCAUAUCAACACCAUUUCGUUAUCUGUGAGAGAUCAGCGCCAGAACUCGCAAUAGGAGGCAUCGGUUUGAAACUAGGCUCGGAUGUGUACGCACAUGUAGCCGAAGUUGGUUUCUGGGUUGGAAAGACAUAUUGGGGAAAAGGUUAUAUCACUGAGGCACUGGAAGCCUUCACAACCUGGAGUUUUGAGAGUUACGAGAACAAUGGCCAACGAUUGUCCAAACUCUACGCUGGGGUGUUCUCUGGCAACAGGGCGAGCAUGCGGUGCUUUGAAAAGAAUGGGUACAUCCUCGAAGGUGUGCUGAGGGACAAUGUUUACAAGAAUGGUGAGAUAAAGGAUGAGCACAUGUUCGGUAUGAGAAAGGCAGACUGGGAGAAGAGAUUGUGUGAGGGUGUCAGCAAAUAG